AAUAAUUUAUUUAAACAGAUCGAAACGUUUCAAAGCUCUCUCACGUUUCAACCUUUUCAUACAACCUAUAUUAAUAGGAAGAAAGAGUAACAAAUUGUUACCUUCUUUUGCAUCAAGAGAUGGAUGCUUUCAUCUUCUUCCUCAUUCUCUUCUUCUCUUCCACCUUCAUGGGAGCAGCUGCAGAACCCAAUUGCCCUGUAAACCAGUGCAGCCAUGGCGGCCCCAAGAUUCAGUUUCCUUUCCAAGUAAAAGGAGACGCCACCAAAUCCAAUCACCCUUCAGGCUUUGAGGUUGUCUGCAAAUUAGGCGACAACAACAAAAACAUGACAACAAUUCACUUCCCAUCUUACGGCGACUUGGUCGUCCGAUCAAUCUCUUACGGCGACAAAAGACUCAAUCUUCUCGACCCCAAAAACUGCGUCCACGGAGUUUUUCUCAACCUCAAUCUCUCUCUCACACCCUUUCGUUAUUUCUACGGCGUCAAAAACUACACAUACCUCAAUUGUUCCUCGAGGUUGCCUUCUAAUUCUUACCCGGAGGUCCCCUGCCUGAGCGGCGCCGGACAUCAUGUGUACACCGUGGAAACUUCUCUGGGUCUGCCGGAUUCUUGCCGGCGAGUGAAAUCUGUGGCGAUUCCUUUUCAGUACAGCCCUUACAUCUCCGACAACAGUUUUGGUCUUGGAUUAUCUUGGGACAACCUUCCUGGAUCCGAAGAUCGUCGAUUGAAGGAUAAAACCGAGAAUUCCGACGUGGCACCAGAUAAAGUCUUGAGUAUCAGCAUCUUUCUUUUUGCAAUGGUGGUGAUUACAGUGAUAGUUAUAAAGAUCAGUCACUCAAAGAAAAUGUGCUUCGAGGAUGAAGAAAAACAUCUAAUGGAAGUUGAGAAAUUAUUGGAGACAUGAAAAAAAACAUCUAUUUUCCAAGACAUGUUUGUUAGCAGACAUACCUGAAUUCAAGCUUUACUAACAUACCAGAUUUUCCUUUCUUGUUAUGAGGUCCUGAGGCUCCUCAAUAGCAAUACAUGUUGGGAUGUAAAGAGAAAAACAUAGUUACAAAUUUUGUUCAUAAUAUUGUCUAGCUUUUAUGUUUCAUCGACUUGCUUUUUUUUUUUUUUUUUUUGGGCAAUAAGAAACUUCCAAAUUGUCAGUUUUCAUGUUGGCUGAAUUCGAUGUCCAAAAUAUUCAAUGUAACAUGUUUUUUAUUGAUCAUGGUUGGUGGAUUGAAUUUAUUG